AUAGAUUUGAAACCAUGUAUUAUAUAUAACCUUCAAGCUUAAAAAUUGUUUUCUAAACCCAAAAGUACAAAGCACGAGAUAAUUCCAAUAAACCCCAUAAGACCCCAGAAGACCAUGUAGGUAGUUGAAGAAUCGGGAGGGAUCUUGACUUGUAGAGGGGUUGAGAACGGGUCAUGGUCCACAUUUCCACAAAAAAAAAAAAAAAAACAAUCCAAUUCAAUUAUCCAAUAAUCCAAAACAACUAAAAAAAUAGAAAAUCCACAUGAUGUAGCGCAAUUCACAGAGAAAGGUGUGGACUUGCUUACUGACAACAGCAAUGGCAGCACUCAAUGUCUCCUUCACUCUCAAAUUCCCACCAAAAUCUUCCCUCUCUCCUCCUAAACCUCAUCUCACCUCUUCUCUCUCUUCCCCACUUCAUCCUCCUCACAUUGAGCUUCAAAAAUUACAAGUAUCAAAUAAUAACAAAAAUGGGUUUUUAUUACCAAUUCUGGAUAACCCAAUUGCUUCUGCAAGUUUUGCUCUUCUUCUCUCUGCUUCACUUUGCUUCUCUGACCCUGCUCUUGCUUUCAAGGGUGGAGGGCCAUAUGGGCAAGGAGUAACAAGAGGUCAAGAUUUAUCUGGAAAGGAUUUUAGUGGACAGACCUUAAUUAAGCAAGACUUCAAAACAUCAAUUUUGCGAAUGGCUAAUUUUAAGGGAGCUAAAUUGUUGGGUGCUAGCUUUUUUGAUGCAGAUUUAACAGGGGCUGAUCUUUCAGAUGCUGAUCUGAGAGGGGCAGACUUUUCCCUGGCAAAUGUGACCAAGGCGAAUUUAACCAAUGCUAACUUGGAAGGUGCUCUAACCACUGGAAAUACAUCAUUUAGAGGAUCAGUCAUCACAGGAGCUGAUUUUACUGAUGUGCCUUUGAGAGAUGAUCAACGAGAAUAUCUUUGCAAAGUUGCUGAUGGGGUAAAUCCAACAACAGGAAAUGACACAAAAGAAACACUAUUUUGCAAAUAAAUUCCAGGUUAAGCCCUGUCAAAUAUGGAUCAUGUAUGUUGUACUUUGGGUGUGCAUCUCCGAAGAUAAAUUCUGAUUUUUACGUAUAACUUCUGGAAGUUUCGAUUAUUCACUAGACACGAAAAAAGUUGCAAGAUACCAACUGAAGGUGAUUUUGCUUAUAAAAUAUGAAGUAUGUAAUUGUAUUGAUAUAAAAAGGAAACAAGCUACUAUCAGGAGCUCAGAAACUGUAUUCUUUGACAGAAUUAUUAAACUGUAAAGAAUUUACUUAAAAGAGACAGAAAACC